CUGUGUGUCAUCAUCAGCUGUGUUGUGGAGAGGCGAGGGAGAGGUGCACACAGCUGCUCUCCCUCCUUUUUAUAUAUAUUUUAGUGAAGGGUUUUAAGUUGGUCUCAGUAAUGGCUACCAGCAUUAACAGCACCAACGCGGAAUUCGGGGGCAGCGGCGAGACGGAGACGGAGGCGGUGGUGGGCGUGAACAGGAAGGAAAAGGCUCCACUACUGUCCCAAAGGAAGCUGUUUCGAAGCCUGAGUGGCCGCGACAUUUCCAGCAAUGGCUCGGAGGGCUCCAACACCAACCGCACUCUCGGCCUCUUCGGGGGAGUGUUCGCCCCCGUCUGCCUCUCACAGUUCAGCUCUCUCCUCUUCCUGCGAGUUGGCUUCAUCGUGGGUAACCUGGGUCUCCUGGUGGCGUGUGGCUCCCUCACUCUCGCCUACGCUAUCCUGCUCUUCACCAUCCUCUCCAUCUGUGCCAUCUCCACCAACGGGGCAGUGGAGGGAGGAGGAGCGUACUACAUGAUCAGCCGAACGCUUGGCCCGGAAUUCGGAGGAGCCAUCGGGAUCUUGUUCUUCUUCGCCAACGUGUUCAGCAGCGCGCUCUACACCACGGGCUGUGUGGAGGGGCUGGUGGAUAAUUUUGGAGAAAGUGGCAGUAUAGCUCACUUCUUGCUGGAUGGAAAGUGGUACCAGUUCGGCUAUGGCUCGGCAGUCAACGUCUUCAACAUGUUGGUGUGCCUCAUUGGGGCCGCCAUGUUUGCGAGGUUCACCGUCAUCAUCUACGCAGUCGUCCUCAUCUGCACCGGGUCUGUCAUCCUCACCUACUUCGUCGAGAACCAUGUGAUCGAAGUUCCCAUCCCAUCGUCAAACCCAAUAGUGAAUGAGACGCACCCCAUGAACGGCACCUACACCGGGUUCUCUGGCAGGACUCUGGAGGACAACUUGUACAUCAGUUACUCCCGUGAUUACACCAACUGUGAUGACAGCGAGGAUUACAUGUCCUGCAUCACCGUGACCUACGCCAUGACCUUCGGGGUCCUGUUCAGUGGCGUCACGGGAAUCAUGGCGGGGGCGAACAUGUCAGGAGAGCUGAAGGAGCCAGGCAAAAGCAUUCCAAGGGGGACUCUGAUGGCCACACUCUUCACCUUCACAAUCUACCUGCUUCUGUUCGUCCUGACGGCAUCCACAACGGAACGCUUCCUCAUGACCAACAGCUACAUAUUCAUGAUGGGCAUAAACUUGUGGAAGCCUUUUGUCACUAUAGGCAUCAUAACAGCUACCUUGAGUGCCAGCUUGAGUAACAUCAUUGGGUCUUCAAGAGUCUUAGAAGCCCUGGUGAAGGACAAUAUAUAUGGGAGACUGACUUACUUCAUCGGAGUGUUGUCUGUUGGAAGUAACCCCGUCGGUGCCGUGAUUGUGUCCGCCAUACUGGUCGAGUUCGUUCUUCUUAUCGGAGGAUUGAAUCAGAUCGCAGAGUUCACGUCCAUCUUCUUCCUCCUGUCUUAUUUUGCAACCAACCUGGCGUGUCUUGGGCUGGAGUGGGCCAGUGCUCCAAACUUCAGGCCAACGUUCCGCUACUUCUCGUGGUGGACGUCUGUUUUGGGCAUGAUCGGAAACGGUGCAAUGAUGUUUGUGAUCAGCCCCUCAGUGGCUGCCAUCUGCAUCAUCCUCCUGCUGGUCCUGGUCAUCAUCCUGCACCUGCACUCACCCUCCGAGCAGCACCAGUGGGGGUCCAUCUCCCAGGCGCUUAUAUUCCAUCAGGUUCGGAAGUACUUGCUGUUGCUGGACUCCAGAAAAGAUCAUGUCAAGUUCUGGCGGCCCCAGAUGCUGCUGAUGGUGAACAGUCCUCGGUCGGCCUGUCCACUCAUUGACUUCACCAACGACCUGAAGAAGUCUGGCCUCUACGUUCUGGGCCAUGUCAAGGUUGGCACGUUAGAGGACGAUUUGAAGGACCCAGCAGCCCAGGACUACCCCAAGUGGAUGGCCCUGGUGGAUCACUUGAAGGUGAAGGCCUUUGUGGAGGUUACUGUGGCGCCGUCAGUGAGGGACGGGCUGCACCACCUGGCGCGGGUGUCCGGCCUCGGUGCCAUGAAGCCAAACACUAUCCUCAUGGGCUUCAAGGACAACACCCCCUCGCAGGACUUCUUCACAAGAUACGAGAUCUCAGCGUCAUUUUCUUAUGGCUCUAUUGCUGAGGGAGGCGGAGAGAACCCUCCCCUCGGGGACUCUUCGCCUUUCAAUGUCAACAGCUACCACGCAACUUCUCCAACUGUAUCCUCACCUUCUCUGUUGACGCAAGGGUCGGGCAUGACCUCCCACAUCACCUCAGAAGAAUACGUCAAAAUGAUCCUGGACAUUGUAAACCUCGGGAAGAAUGUUUGUCUUUGUCGACACUUCCACCAAAUGGACAAAGCUGCAAUAUUCAGAAAGGACAACAAGCAGAAGUACUUCAUUGAUGUGUGGCCGGUGGACUUCUUGAAUCCCGAUGACUCAAACAUAUUUGGAACCACGUCUCUCUUCCUCAUGCAACUUGCAACUAUUCUCAACAUGGUUUCCACGUGGAGGAAGAAGACGACGCUGCGAGUGUUCCUGUGUGUGUCCUCGCGUGAUGCCGACCCUGAGGCGCAGAGGACCCAGGUGAAGAAGAUGUUGCACGAGCUGAGAAUCAACGCCACCAUCGUGUCUGUGCCCUGGGACCACGUGGCCACACAUCUGCACAAGGAGGUCGACAGUGUGAAUUCUGAUGCUGAGUCUGAAGCCAACAUGAACUACCUCACUAACCUAAAUGAAGAGUACAUCAAUGGGGUGAACGGGCUAAUAUCAGGGCAGAGCGUGGACACGGCCGUCACCUUCCUGUACCUGCCUGGCCCGCCCACCAACACGGCUCUCCACCUAGACUACCUGCGGCUCCUCACAGGCAUCACCAACGGCCUCAAGCCCACCAUCAUGGUUCACGGCAUCUCUGCGGUCACCACCACCAACCUAUAAGUCCCUCCGGUGGCCUUCCCGCAGAGUUGGGGAUUGUGAUUUUUAAUGGUAAGGUUGUAAUAUUUUAGGUUGGAGAAGUGUACAUUUAUUUACUGGCGUUGUUUUUAAAGCUUUGUAGAUCUUAUAGCCAAAGAUUCCUAGGGAUUAUGACUUAGUUCUGUAAUGAUUUUUAAUUGCAAGAAGUUAUCACAUGAAGACAAUUUGUGAUAUUUUUAUCAAAGUUUCUAUUUAAUUUUAGUUAGAAAUAGAUUUUAUAGUUGUAUUCACGUGCAUAAUGAUGACUUUGGGGUAAUUUUAUAACCUGGACUGUGAGCGGAGAAAGUCAAAACUGCAAAGAAACAGAUUUUUAGCAAUAUGCAAGUUCAAGGCUGCCCCAGAGUCUUGAUCAUUGAGUCAGUCUUUUGUGUUCAUUGGACACUGAAAAAUAUUUGCAUUGUUAAUCUUGCACAUUUUGAAUUUCGAUAUUUUUUACACUAAAGCGUAUUUUACUAACAGAGUUGCAACACUAAUUUUGAUAAGGGCAUCAUGCAAACCCUGUAGAGUAGGAAUACAAAUAUGUCUUCACAGAAACAAUGCGACCACACUUCUAACUGAUAUUGUUUUAGUGGGAGCUUACCUGAUAUUUUUUUUUUGUGACAUUUGUAAUUGUUAUUCAUAUUAUUUUAGUAUGGGAUUCUCUGUCUGACACUAAUGGCUUUGUGAAUGCAGUAAGUAGCAUAUAAAUAUAAAGAUACACCCGGCAAACUUUAGGAAAGCGUGUUUGCUUGUUCGCAUCAAAGAGGUGAACACACUGUGGUUUCCUUGACAACCAGUGGCAGACAUUUAGGGGUGGCAGUCUGGCAGGAGAGGGGACGUGGUAUGUUUAUAGCAUGUGUGGCGUCAAAUUGUCUGCGAGGUUGGUUAGUGUUGUGAGCAUUGCUAGUGUCCUUUUUCUCCCGGCCCCUCAUGCUAUGGCUGCUGACUCCUGCCUACCUAAUGACCAGCUUCUCUGUCAGGUUAAUUUUCUCUUACAUCGGUGUUCUUCAGGUGAUCAGUCAAGCCAUUAUGUCACACACCUCUCUUGCUUGUUUGUGCUGGAAGACUGACUAUAUAUGUGACUACUUAUUGUGGAUGAUACAUUCCCUGACGUGUAUAUCUCAGGCCCACGCGCGGUUCAUCAGAAUCCCAUACAGUAUCAUGUUUAUAUUUAUAUUCAUUCUGUGUUGUGGUAUUUAUUUUGUCAUGAUUCCGUUUAACAUUAUAGGCAAAGGCAGUCUGAAAUAUUUGCAGAGCAUGUUUUCAAAGAUGCCUUGAAAAAAUUGUCGUUACACUCACCAGAACAGAUUUUCUCGGUGCAAGACACUUUUGCACACAAACGGAAUUUUUGUUGCCAUAAUUUUGAAGGUUUAAAAUUUUAGCAAUGAUUUUAUUAAUUCUUGUAAUGCCACAAAAAUAUCUUUUUAAAAUAUACGCUGAGUCAUUGAUCAGGCGACACAUGUACAAGUGACAUAUCUGCUGUUCUGGAAAGAUAAAUAAAUAAAAUGGAUUCAUAGAGUGAGAUUUGAUCAAAGAAAAUAUUGGUAUUGGAUCCAACUAUACUAUUUUUUUUUUUAGUGGCACAAUACUUGACUUUGUGUUGAGUGUAUACUGGUAAGGAUUUUCCACAAAGCCAGCAUGGAAAC